GCCCCCAAAAAACAUACACAAACAGAGACACCUGUACACACACACAGACAUGUACAUACACACACACACAUACACACACAGAAACAUGUACACACAUGCACAGAGACACAUGUAUACACACACAGGCAUGUACAGACACGCAUACACACAGAUACAUGUACAUACACAGAAAUACACACGCACAGACACAUGUACACACAGACACAUGUACGUACAUACACACAAACACACACACACAUGUACAUGCACACACACAGACACAUGUACACACACACAUACAUGUACAUACACGCAGACACAUGUACAUGCAUACACAGACACACACACAAACACACAUACAUGUACACACACACACACACAAACACCCUAUAAAAAGUUGCAGUACUUUGUUGUUCACUCACAGAUCCGGGUACUGCACUCUAGGGGGAGGCAGAGAGCACAGCACACACUCCUUCCUUUGCUUUCACUGCACUUAGCUAUUGAGCAGUCUGACGGCUCCCAGUGCCAAUGAUAGAUCCAGCCUGAGCUCCAAGCCUGCUCAGCAAGAUGGCCCUGGGGGACACACUCGCCCCCACCAUGAUUUCCACUCGCCAUUGGUGAGCAGGUGAGUGGAAAUUUCAAG